AUGUUGGGUCCGAAGUUAGUUUCCGAGAUAGAUGAUAAGGUUCGAUUGAUUAGGGAUAGUCUGAAGCUGGCUUUUAACAAACAUAAAUCUUAUGCUAACCUGAAGAGGCGUGAGAUUGAGUAUUUUGUGGGGAAUUUCGUAUUUCUUAGGGUCUCGUCAUGGAAGAAGUUGGAGUUACCCCUAGAUCUAGACCGUAUUCAUAACGUAUUCCACGUCUCGAUGUUGAGGUGCUACCGCUCUGAUCUUACUCAUAUUGUCUCUAUUGAGGAGAUUAAGGUUAGACCAGAUUUGACAUUCAAGGAGGAGCCAAUUCAGGUUCUGGAUCGCGAUCUAAAGGUUCUUCAGAGAAAGUCUAUUCCGUUAGUGAAGGUGCUGUGGCAGAACCAUAGUACUGAGGAGGCCACGUGGGAGCCUGAUGAUACAAUGCAUUAG